UCCCGAGUCACGUGCACCCGGGGUUUAAAGCGCCUCGGCCAGGCUACUCCGCGAUGGAGCCUUUGGGUCGAAGUCGAUCGGGGAUCCCUCCAACUCAGGCGACGCCGCUGCCGUCCACUGCCUUGCCGUCGGGGAGGCCGGGCGCGGCCCCGCCUAAAGCAGCCAUGGGCGACUCGGCGAAGGAGGAGGAGGAGAGCCUUCUCUUGGCAGCAGCAUAUGUCUACGAUGCCCAAUAUAAUAGGAACAUCCCAUUUGAGACUUCACCAAAGGCGAUCAGGCUUUAUUAUCUCUAUAACCAUUGGGCCAUGCAAGCAGGUACUUAUUUCUUCAUUUUUGUAGUCCUGAUACUUGCACUAUUUGAAGAGCCAGCUGUAUACCUACUUCCUUUCUUGAUUACAUCCGUGAUUGAAGUCUUAUGCCUUUUUGUUUUCUUUGGAAGACUCAUCCAUUUUGCACAUGUUACACCUCGUAAUACAUUCUGGAAAGAUACAAAGAACAUCUGCAUCAUGAUAACAGUCUUGAUGACAUUGAUUGACCUAAUUAUCUAUGGCACUCUUAGAACCUUGAACAUUCAUGGUGUUCGGUGGUCCAGGCCAUUGAGACCCAUCUUUUUAAUAAACUUUGCAGAGUCUCGUCAGAUCCGGCGAGCCUUUCGAAGCAUCCGGAACACACUGCCUGAGAUCACUUAUGUCUUUCUACUGUUCAUGUUCAGCGUCCUGAUGUUUUCUCUCAUGGCUCUGAAGCUGUUUGGAGACAGGAAUUUGAAGACCUUGGAAGGCUUGCCCUAUUUUACAAAUUAUCUUGAAGUUGUAUUUGAUAUGUACGUGCUGGUGACCACCGCAAAUAGCCCAGACAUCAUGAUGCCGGCUUAUGACUUCAGCUGGUGGUACAGUUUAUUUUUCAUAAUAUAUGUAAUAAUCAACACCUACAUUUUCAUGUCAGUCUUUUUAGCAGUUGUGUACAACAACUACAGGAAACACUUAAAGAAUGAGAUCCGCAAGCUUGCUUACAUGAAACGUCACAAAAUGAUAGAAGCCUUCAACCUCCUAAAGGUCAAAGAAAGAGAUGAAUUUGUUAUCCAACAAGAACAGUGGAAAAGUCUGGUAAAAAUGGUGGCACCUCAUAUCAGUGCAUCCCACCGUGAACUCCUUUUAAGGAUCUCCGAUGAAGAUCAGAAAGGCUAUGUGGACAAAAAAUCCUUUGUACGUCUGGCUGAUCUUUUGAAUAUAGAGGUGAUCACACUGAAGGCCCGCAUCCACCCCUUAGACAUCUGGUUUCCACAGGUGUAUAACUCGACUCCCAGCCUGGUUUUACGCAGUAUGAUCCAGCACAGAGCAUUCAUUUGGAUAUAUGAUAUUAUCAUACUAAUUAACGCGGUCUUCAUUGCACUGGAUGAGAAGAAUCCUUAUAUUUCCUAUGCAGAGUGGGUGUUUCUAUGCUUGUAUAUCAUUGAAAUACUUCUGAAAUUAUAUGUCUUUGAACCCAGGACUUUCUUUGCAAGAAACCAAUUCUGGAACUGGUUUGAUACUUCUAUCAUUAUUGCUGCUUUGAUUGCAACAGUAUUGAAUACUGCACUUAAAUCAGUGACUGCAUACAAUAGCCAGCAAAUACUGGACAUUGUGUUUAUCUUGCGAGUUCUUAGGCUUAUAAGAAUUAUCGACAGCAUCCAAAGGUUCCGUGUUAUUAUGAAUACACUAAUAAACAUUGUGCCUACGAUGCUAACCUUUGGAGCAUUAAUUCUGGUGGUUUAUUAUGUAUUUUCCAUUAUUGGGAUGGAAAUCUUCCAUGGGAAAAUCCAAUUCUUUGCCGGAAAUACCACCUCACCGCAAGCUUUGUACUGCGGAAAUCCUGUUUUGAGUGGAACUACAUUUGCACGAGCCAAAUAUUGCAGGAACAACUUCAACGACAUUGUGUCUUCUUUCGUUGUCCUUAUGGAAUUAACUAUUGUCAACCAGUGGCAUGUUCUUGCCAAUGGAUUUGCCCUUGUGACUCAUGAGAGUGCAAAGCUGUUUUUCAUCAUCUUUCACAUUGUUGUGGUGAUUAUGAUUAUUAACAUCUUUGUAGCAUUCAUUUUGGAAGCGUUCUUUGUGGAGUAUUCUAUUGAGAAGAGUGAAGUUGAAACUGCCAUUGAGAAGAAAAUUCAAGAACUAGGUAUAGGGGUACAAGAGGAUGACCUUUUUGAUGGUAGGUUGAUAGACAACCUUGAAACCAGUGAAAAUGAUCUUGGAAGUGAAGAGGGAAUGGCAGUGAAGAAGAAACCUAAGGGGUUGAUGUUUAAAAUUGCCUCCAGAAGAUACAGGACUGUGGAUGCCUUACUCCAACGCAUGUUUGAAGCAGAGAUAGCUCCAGAAGAAGAAGGUCCUUCCCUUGAUGAGAUCUUAAAUCUGUCCCCAGACGAGACCUACGCAGGGAACCCAGCUUUUGACCGGGCUGUGUAA